UGUGUGGUAUCAGAACAUGUAAAAUAUAUACAAAAUUACAAAAUGAAAUUAUAAAUAUCAACAUGAUUGGAAUAUUGAUUGCUGUGGCCGUGGUAUCAUCUACGUUUGGAACAGAAGACUACUAUUUCUAUCCGUUCAACAACAACAUUUCAAGGUCUACUCCGAUGGGCAUCGCUGCAUACCGUUCAGCUUUGACGCUUGACUGGAUAGCAGCUGAGGAUCUUCGCCAAAGGGAAUUAGCGGCUGCCUUUGAAACGGAAGCCUCUCCAGUGAGGGUCAUAAGUUCAGACUGUGUUGGAUAUCCCAAGCCCACCUCCGGGAAAAUUGGAAGACUUAUGCUUGAAUUGCUCAAAAAUUUAGAAGGCGAUGACGGCACCCUUGUGCCUGAGCUGAUGCAAGUCCUAGUUCGCACCAAGUUUCUAGUUGAGUCUUCAAUGUUUGACUCCGAACCUGAUCUACACUCUCUGGUGAAGAUGCCUAAUGUAAUGAUGGGAGAGCCUCACACAACCUUUCCCAGGAUAUUGGCUAUUAUAUGGAUGCUUGUGACCGAUCCCGUUACCACUAAAAAGUAUGGGUGGUGUCCCAUUAAAAAGGUGAACAAGUAUCUAUCGUCAGAGCGUAGCUCCGAAGUGGCGAAACAAAUGCGCUCGAUGGAGAUAGUGGUAGCGCGCGCACGGUUUAUAAUGGAAGAGUUCAUACAGAGUAUUACACCGACUGAUGUAUACCAGAAAUCUACUGUUAGCCAAAAGAAAUUGAGACGUUCUAGCUCUGCAGCAAAACAUGGUAAGAAGCGCGCACAUGAAAUCGCUGCAUUCCCUAUUUACCAAACACGGAAAAAUAUAUCGACGGCGGAACCAAACAUACAGGACAUGAUGGAACUACCAACAGAACAAAGUCAUAUAUUAUUCUCAAGAUCAAAUACUCUUAAACCAAUGUUUACAUUAAUGUUUUCCGUUUUGUUUGUUUAAUAAAUUUAUUA